AUGUCAGUUCCCAAGAACCAAGCUGCAUGGCUCGUCAAAGCGGGUUCUCCUCUAGAGUUGGGAGAUGCAACGAUGCCUACAGCUGGCUCAGGCGAACUAGUCAUUAAGAAUGCUGCCAUCGCCAUAAACCCUCUCGAUUUCCAUAUGCAAGACUCCGGUGUUUUUAUACAGCAAUGGCCUGCCAUUUUUGGCUGCGAUAUUGCCGGCGAGGUGUAUGAAGCAGCAAAAGACGUGACAAGGUUCAAGCCAGGAGACCGUGUUAUUGGGUAUGUUGCUCAAGAAAUUGAUCUUUUAGAAUCGAAAUAUCCCAAGCUGAUUUUACCUCUGUUCAACAGGCAUGCCAUCAGCUUGACUAGUGGUCGCCCUCAGGAUGGAGCUUUUGCUCUGUAUACUGUAAUUCCUGCAGAUAAAGCGGCCGUCCUCCCCAAUGAAAUCUCCUUCACGGACGGUGUUGUCGUGCCUUUCGCACUAGAGGCGGCUGUUUGCGCACUCUCCCUCAAGAAGUCCGGCGUGGCCAUGCCCGGUGUUGCUACACCAGCUCUGGGACUUCCAUACCCUUCGAUACGUGAUGUACCAUCUGCAGGCAAGACCCUUGUCGUGUACGGUGGCUCAUCUUCUGUCGGCUCCAUGGCAAUCCAGAUUGCCACAGCUGCCGGUAUCCACGUCAUCGCUAUUUCUGGCGCGCACAAUUUUUACUUCUGCAAGCGAUGCGGAGCAGCUCGAGUCUUCGACCACAAGGAUACUUCACUUGCAGGGAAGGUUAUCGAGGCGAUUCGAGAGAGCGACAGUGAGUUCAUUGGCAUCUUCGACGCCAUAUCUACCCCCGAGACUUACGCCAACGAUAUCACAAUCCUUGAGCAGCUGGACGGGGGACACCUCGCUUGCGUGCACCCACCUCCCCCCGCUACAGAUCUCCCUGGAAACGUUAGAUCUGGCAUGAUAUUCGCUGUCAACGAUGUUGUGACGCCUGUUUGGAAAGAUUAUGUUACGCCUGCAUUACAAUCCGGGAAGCUCCAGUGCCUUCCACCCCCAUUCAUCGUCGGCAAAGGGUUGAAGCAUAUUCAAUCUGCAUUGGAAAAGUCCAAGGCGGGAGUCAGCGCUAUGAAGCUGGUAGUUGAGCUGUAG